AUGACAACUUCUGAAGUAGCCCGCUUUUCGAGCAAUGGCGCAAUCGGCACGCACAACCAAACCGACCAAAAGAUUCAUGAUUCAAAACCAUCGUCUUCAUCCUUCAAGACAGAUGCGCUGCUGUCAUUUGCCCAAGUUCAAGAGUCUCUCGCCAAUGAUAGAGGCUUGAAGCGAAACAAGAAUGUGCAGGAACUAACCAUAAACAAGCUGAAAUAUCAUUCCGUUGGACUGGUAGGCCGUGAAGAGGAAAUCCAACAGUUGCAAGAUUCAAUUUCGAGAGUAUCUAAGGAGGACGAGAGCCGAAGAAAGGAGAUUGUACUUGUCAAAGGAUACUCUGGUUCUGGGAAGUCUGCCCUCGUCAAUAGGGCAGAACAGUUUCUUCAAUCCAAAAGCAACGUGGUGUUUGCGAAAGGGAAGUAUGAUCAGCACAAUCGAGAUGUACCAUAUGCAGGUCUUUCUUCAGCUUUUGGUGAAGCCUGUCGUACACUAAGACCAAGACUUACGACAGAGGAGACUGAUGUAAUUGGGGAGAAGAUAGUAUCGGGUCUAGGUUCGGAAGCCUCAUUGUUGCAACAGAUUAUACCGGAUGUCAAUGAAAUUUUGCCCCUGAAUAAGAGAAGGACCAGCGACAUCAUUGAUCCUUCCAACUUUGGAGCAAUGCUGGAAAGGUUGAAGUACUCCUUUCGAACACUAGUUCGGAUAUUGUCUUCUUACUUCUCUCCCCUAGUCCUUGUUCUCGAUGAUUUGCAGUGGAGUGAUGUCGGAUCUCUAAAGAUGCUUCUUUAUCUCAUGACAGAUACCAAGAACACAAGCCCCUUGGUCAUUAUUGGCAGCUAUCGCUCAAAUGAGGUUGAUAGAACACACUUUCUUUCAUCGGUGGUUGAUGAUAUGCGGAGAGUACAAGAGAGCUGCAAUAUGCGAGUAUCAAACAUCGAACUCGAUAACCUUGGCCUUGUGGGCGUAAACAAGGUCGUCGUGUCACUACUAGAUAUGGACGAAGACAAGCACACUCGUGAGCUCGCUAACCUAUGUUUCAAGAGGACUAAUGGAAAUCCAUAUUUUCUGCUUCAGUUCCUCAGCAUGUUGGAGGAGGAGGAAUGGCUUUCGUUCAACUUGGGAACCUUCAAAUGGACGUUUUCCACGGAACUGAUUGAGGAUAAAACUGUUGCAACUGCAAAUGUAGUCGACUUGCUGCGUCAUCGAAUGGCGAAAGUGAGUGACAAAUUGCAACUCCUUCUACAGUAUGCAGCUUGCUUGGGAGCAACAUUUCGCAUCCACACGCUCGAAAUUGUGUGGAGAUUUCACUCUUCGAAUCUAUUUCCAGACAAAGAAGACGAUUCAGUGGCGGAGAUGCUCCUACUACUCGAGAGUGAAAAGUUCAUCGAAACUCAUGAGUCAGAACCCUAUCGCUGGGUUCACGAUAAAGUCCAAGAGGCUUCGAUGUCUCUAGGCAAGGCCAGUCAGUCUACGUUUCAAUACGAAAUUGGAACUGUGCUUUUUGAAAAGCUGAGUCCAGAAGAUCUGGAUAUGGUUUUAUUCAAUGUCACAGAUCUUCUCAACAGUGGACCUCGAUACGACAAAGCUGUCCCUACAGAUCUGAAUCUGUAUGCCGAUUUGAAUCUCCGAGCUGCUAGGAAGGCUCGGAGUUUAUAUGGUGCCUUUGAAGGUGCGGCGAGGUAUGUUCGCAACGGGAUCUCAUUUCUUCCGAAAGAGUCAUGUUGGUCUAUGAGUCGGGAAACGACACUACAGUUGUACACACUCGGAGCAGAAGUUGAACUGGCUCUUGGCAACAUCGAGGCAAUGGAGACGUACAGCAAAGAAGUGCUUUCAAAUGAAGAAUGUACCACAAUGGAAAAGUUCCCUCUGUACGUGGUGGAACUAUUCAAACUGUCCACCAUUGAUCAAAAUCGCAGUGAGACGCAUCGGUUCAGCUUAUCGAUUUUGAAGGAACUGAUGGGUCAUCGGUUUGUGGCGUUCCAAUCCACUGCACCUUUGCAAGCAGUGCUCACAUUAAAGAAAGUAAUCAAACUUGCGAAGGCGAAAACAACAGAACAGUACGAAGAACUUCAAAAAAUGAGUGAUUCUCGUCACGAGGCUAUUAUGAAGGCAUUACACCGCUUUGUGACAAACUGCUUCCUAUCAAAGCGGAAAUUUCUUUUUGUUCUUGGAGCUUGUCGCAUGAUUACGAUGACUUUGGAUCAUGGUUUAUCCGAGUACGCGGGGACCGCCUUUACGGUCCUGGGCCAAAUGACUGUCCGUACUGAUCCCAAAACGGCAUCAUACUUUGGAGAAAUAGCGUUGCUUCUUCAGCAGAGGAUUCGGCCGAGAUUCUCAGAGGCCAAUACUGUGUAUUUUGUUGUUUCGUUUGUCUUUCCAUGGACAAAGCAAUUGCAUCAUUGCAUGUCAUAUUCGACUGCAGGGAUAAUGCCCGGGCUCCAGACUGGAAAUUUGGAGUUUAGCUCUUGGAAUCUCCUCUUGUUCAAUAAUCAGAUACCGUACCAGAUGGGCAAGUGCAUUUCUUCGAUAUUGAAACACUGCGAAAUAGACCUUGCGCAGAUGAAGGAAAUGAAACAAGACGAGCAGAUCACAAUCUAUCGGCUACACCACCAGUUGCUCUUGAACUUGACCGGAUUGUCAGGUUCAACAAAGAGCCAUAAGGGUUCGGUUUUCGAUCGCGACACCUUUGUUCCAAGAACUCCCCUGCAGUGUGCCGUUUGUGAUAUUCUCCAAUUGGACCUCUUUCUUUUCUUUGGUGACCUGGAACAAGCAGCCGAUCUGGCCGUCCGAAUUGAAGGGAAUUUUCGACGCACCUCGCCAAACUAUUUUGUGGAAAUGUUUGAAACAUUUCAUUGUGCAGUAGCUCUGUAUGGAAUGGCUAGAAAGACAAAGAAGCGAAAAUACAAAAGACUUGCGAUUAAGCUUCGGCAUCGGAUCACAAAAUGGCUGCAUCGGGGAAAUCCCAACGUGCACCACUAUGUUUUAUUUCUACAGGCAGAGCAAGCAGCAGUAGAUGGCAAUACGGAUACUGCGAAUAAAGGCUUCCAAGAAGCAGUAAGACUUGCUGGAAGGACUGGCCAUUUGCAUCACGCGGCAUUGUUCAACGAACGGUAUUCUGAUUUUCUUCGUCACAAUAUGAAGGAUGGAGAGAACGCGGCAUUUCGAAUGCAAGAAGCCAUUCGAUUUUAUGGAGAAUGGGGUGCAGACGGAGUAGUCAGAGCUCUAUCAGCACGGCAUUCGUAA